CAUGCUGCUUCUCAGGGGAUGAAGCUGUCCUCGGAGGAGUUCAAUGCCAUCUUCACCUUCUAUGACAAGGAUGGAAGCGGCUUCAUUGAUGAGAAUGAGCUGGACAUACUGUUGAAAGACCUGUAUAAGAAGAAUAAGAAAGAGAUGAGCAUCCAGCAGCUCACCAACUACAGGAAGAGCAUCAUGAACCUGUCCAAUGAGGGAAAGCUCUACCACAAGGAAAUGGAGAUUGUGCUCUGUAGUGAGCCUCUCAUGUAG